CUUAUAUAACCGUUCACAUUACACUAAUGACUUAUUAAUUACCUCAGGUUCCGCAGUUGUCUCUCAUUUCAGAAUACCCUUUAUCAAAGGGAAAUAAUAGCGAAGAGUAAAAUGUCAAAUGAUAAAAAUAACCACAGUAAUACUAAUGAAAUAGCAAACAGUUCAGAUGAAGUGCCAGUAAACGAGGGAGAACAACAGACUGCUACAGAAGCUAUGCGAACACAGGGAAGUGAAAUCAAACAUGAUAAUGUUCAGCCAUCAGAGAAGGAAGAAACCCAGGAUGAUUCAACCACUAUCCGAGAAGAUGAUCAAAAUAAAACAAACGCUGAUUUAUCCGCAGAAACGACGGAGGUCAAGGAAAAUGAAGAACAAAAUUUGAAAAAAACUUCAGAUGAAACGAAUUGUGCAGAAAAACUUCAAACUCAUGACACUGAUGUUACAAAUGGGGAACAACCUGAAAUGUCUGAGGGUUCAUCAAGUGAGAAGGAGAAAGAGAACAAAAAGAAAGUUAAUUUAGUUAAAUGGUUCAAGAAAAAUGUUUCGAUUCAUUUACCAAAGCGUCAUUCUUUAAGAAAGGAGAAAUCGGCUACAGAACAUAAGAUGGAGAUUGUUGACCAUGAGGAAGAAGCAUCAUCAUUACCAUUGCCAUCAUCUGACAGACAAGAUAAUUCAGCACCCUCUGAAGAAGUAAUCCCGGCAGAAAAUACUUCUAAAGAGAAGAAUACAUCCACUGAAAAAUCAGAUGAGGUAGUCAUUUCAUCACCAGCAACACCUACAAGUCAUAGUAUAUCUGAUAAUUUACAAUCGCCGCCGUCAACAGCAGUCAGUGCACAGUAAUGGUUGAAAUUAGUGAAUUUUGCUUGUGAAUGCUCAUUCCACGCAAAGCACUCAAAUCCCAUUAAACCUGUAAUAUUACUCCUACCCUAUUUUUUAUAUGUUGUGUAUUUGUCACCCACUUUCUUCUCGUUUGAUUAUAUAUUCAUAAAUAAAUAUCCACUUAUUUCGAAUAUAUAGAUAAUAUUCUGCUUUACAGUUUCUUUUCCUAUGCGUAUGCCAGUCUUUGAUGUAUAUUACCUCAAAAAUAAAAUCCCCAUUACCUCGG